AUGGAGAACACACGCUCGGCAGCAGACACUUCUGCAUGGCAGAUUAAAGAUCACCUCUUGGCCAUUCUGCCCGCUGGGGUGCUCUUCGGUGCCACUGUCGCUAUGAGGCUACCGCAGCACCCUCACCUUGAUGUCGUAGCACGUCUUGGUCGCGUUGCGAUCUUGGUUGCUCUUGGUUGCGCCAUCUCUCGAACACGGUUUUUCGCCGAAACCCCAACAUCGCUGAACGACUUACCAACAAUACUCCGGGAAUACAUUUUCUUAAUGGGAGUGGUCGUGUUUGUGGUAGCUAUGAUGGCACCUAGCGCAGAUGAACCCAGACAACCGUCUGAUAGCAUCAUUAAUGAAGAAAGGAUGCUUGUACCGGAGCCGCGAAAUACGCGUUGCAAGCCAGGCACGAAACAAUCAUGGGACAUAGCCUCUUCCAUAAGCCACUUGGAUCUUCUCUCCAACCUAGGUUCGCUGGACCUCAAAUUUAUGCCAGGACCCAAAUCCCACUACUCGGACCUUUCAGGAAGCGGAGAGUCUGCGGUCACGCUCUCCUCUGGUCUCAUACGUGACCCGAGUAAGCUUAUGGAAAUCAUCCAAUGGGUCAAGGCUGCAGCUCCGCCAUCAUUCGGAAGAAAAGGAGAUUCAACAUCAACCGAAAACGUGCUGCACGAGGUUUCAGUCUAG